GUGAUUCCACCCUGGAACCCUGUCAAUCCACCCUGGAACCCCGUGAUUCCACCCUGGAAACCCAUACUUUCACCCUGGAACCCUGUAAUUCCACCCUGGAACCCUGUGAAUCCACCCUGGAACCCCAGAAAUCCCCCCCUGGAACCCCAUGAUUCCACCCUGGAACCCCGUAAUUCCACCCUGGAACCCUGUCAAUCCACCCUGGAAUCCUGUGAUUCCACCCUGGAACCCCAGAAAUCCCCUCUGGAACCCCAUAAUUUCACCCUGGAACCCUAUGAUUCCACCCCGGAACCCCUUAAAUAUCCCUGAAACCCUGUGAUCAUCCCCUGUGGCCACAUGAAUCCCCGUCUGGAACCCCAUGAAUUCCCCAGAUCCCCUUACAUCCCCUCUGGAGCCCCAAGAAUCCACUCUGGAACCCCUUAAAUCUCCCUGGAAAUUUCCAGGCUCAGGCUGGACAGAGCUUGGAGCAGCCUGGGAUGGUGGAAGGUGUCCCUGUCCAUGGCAGGAGCUGGGACAAGAUGAGCUUUAGGAUCCCUUCCAACCCAAACCAUUCCAUGGUUCUAUUUGAUGUUUAGGGCUCCCAGCCCCUUUGGUUUGCCCCCUGAGGCAGCAAGGCCUGGAAGGUGACACCAGUCCUGAGGAGGACCCCAGUUUGGGGACACCCCCGUGGCCAGGGUGUCCCAGUGUGGGGCUGCAGCUGGGACUGUGCAGCUUUAUCCCAAAGUGUGGGAUCAGACAUCCCAGUCAGACUGGAGCAGCAGGCUGGGAUGCAGCCUGGCACUGCUCUGUGCAGGCACCACUGGUUUUGCUAGAACAACCCCAAAACUGCAGCAGAUCCAGCCCUAAGCACACUCUGAUUUCCCAAGAGCUUUUUCUCCCAGUGUGAAUUCCUGCGGGGGAGGAGCUGGGCGCAGCCUCACCUGGGAGCCUCAAUCCCUGCUGUGUGGGCAGGUGGGGGAGGACAGGAUCCCCUCCCUCUCAACAACAUCCCUCAGCCUGGGACAUCUCCCUGCCAGCAGUGGCUCUUCCCUCUUGGGAGAGAUACAGGGGUUUUUAGGAUUUUGCCCUCUUGACCUUCACCCACCAAGAAAUCUCUCUGUGGCAUCACUGUUGGCCCAAGGAGCAUUAUUUUGGUGUCACACCCAUGCUGGGCACCCAAAACCAUGUGGUUCCACCCCAGGCUGGGGCAGCAAAGGGAUCUUCUGGAUCUCUUGAACAGGCUGCCAGGGAAGGGGUGGAAUCAACAUCCCUGCAAUUGUUCAAAGAACACAGAGAGGUGGCACCUGGGGACGGGGUUUAGUGGAGGCCUUGGCAGUGCUGGGUUAAUGUUUGGAUUUCAUGAUCUUAGAUGGCUUUUCCAAAGUUAAUGACUCUGAUUCUGCCCAUCACUUCUGUCCCCCAUCCCUGAAACUGUCACCUGCUCUUUCCACCACCUGUGGGUGAAGCCUGUGAAGGAGAAAUAGCUCAAUUUAAAGGCUAAUUAUCAUUAAUCUGUGGUCAAAGUAGGCUUAAAAGAGUGAGCCAAUUACAUGUGCUAAUGUGCUGUGGGUAAGGAGGGCUGAGGGCUGUAAUUGGAGCCAGGCUGUGGCCUGAACACCCACGGGGUAUUGGGUGGUAUUUCUGGCUGAGGCUGGUCCUGCUCCUGUCAGUCAGCUCUGCUGGUGCUGGAAAAGGCAGGAAAGAGCAGCCAGACAUGGAUCCAAACAUGGAUCUGUGCAGGACGGGAGCAGCUGUGACUCCACAGACACCUCCCAGGGAGAUUCACCAAAGGGAGCACGAAAAACCCAGCAAAAUUCCACCUUUUGAGCAAGAUGUGGCAGCUGGGUAUGAGCUCUGCAGCUGAUGUUACACAAGAGCAAUUCCUGCUCCUCCUGUUUCAGCAGGGGGAAGGAGGAGGGGUGGUGCCUUUGCAGGUCCUGGCAGUGUUGGGAUUGAUGCUCCUCUGCCAGGGAGGCACCCCUGGACCUGGUCCCCAUCGUUGGGUGGUCAUAACUCUGGCUCUGGGUGCCUUGGUGGUUGAGUUUUUGGGUGUCCUGGCAGUGCAGGAGGUUUCUCUGCUCUGGGAGGCAGAGGGGAGCAGAGGCUCUGCCCACCAGCUUCCCCUCAGCCUCCACCUGUCCCCAGGGACCUCCCCUCCUCAAAUCCCCAUGGAUGAAGUCCUGGAUUCAUCUCUCUUUGUCACAGGGGUAAACUGGCUUUUUGUCAGAGCCCAGACACAGGAGCUGCUGCUGGGGGGGAAAUUGUCCUGCUGGAGAUCACGGGGAGAGUUCAGCCCCGUCAGCGUGACUGUGAUUGUCUGUGCCAGUUCCUCUUCCUAUUUCACAACUGGGGAAAAGCUUGCACCAUCUGGUGAAUCCCCAGAUGAGCAUCCCAGGGUGGGGUGCAGGGAGCUGCUGGCAGUGUGGGCACCCACCACCCCGAGGGGCUCCUGCACUGCCCCUUCCCCGGCCUCUUUUCCAGAUGACCUUCUACUUCUCGGACACGGUGGUGCUGCUCUUUGACUUCUGGAAUGUCCACAGCCCCACAGGGAUGGCGCUCUCGGUGCUGCUGAUCCUGCUGCUGGCCGUGCUCUACGAGGCCGUCAAGAUGGGCAAGGCCGUGCUGCUGCGGCGGGCGCUGCUGGCACUGCCCCGCAGCCUCAGCCAGGAGGCCCUGACCGAGCCCCAGGAGGGGGACAGCGACCCCGCGCAGGGCAGGUGGUUUUGGUUCCACGUGGGCCAGACGCUGUUCCACGUGGUGCAGGUGGUGCUGGGCUAUAUGGUGAUGCUGGCUGUCAUGUCCUACAACGCCUGGAUCUUCCUGGGGGCCAUCGCGGGCUCCACCCUGGGCUACUUCAUGGUGUACCCGCUGCUGGGCCGGGGCUAGAGCCCCCCGGGGUGGUGGCACACGGGUCCCACCUCCUGCUCUUUGUCUGGAAAAGCUGCUGUCACUUCUGCUGGCUCUGCCUGUGUCCCCGAGCUCUGUGGGACGCAGAAGCCCAAGGACUUGCUGGGGGCCCUUGGGGCUGGCCCCGCUCUGGGGACGGGGAGCCCAUGGCAGCACUGGCCUCGGCUGGUGGCUGUCCCCAGCUCUCAGGGACCUUUGUCCGGGUGGUGACAGUGGUGGGGUGCUGGCGUUUCCUCCCCCUCCUACUUUUGGAGGAGGUUCAUCCUGGCUGGAACGGGAUGAUCCGGUGACUUGCUGGGGGAGGGGACAAGCUGGGGACCAGGACCCCUGCCCUCCUGCCCAGAGCUGCCCUGCACCAAGCCCCUCUUCACACCGUGCCUUUGGGGACACUGGGGGGUCCUGCCACCCCCACCCCGCUCCUGUGCAGCGCCUCAGGGAUGGGGCUGGAGCAGCCCCUGAGCCGCUGCUGUGGCUGUGCCAGGGGGGAAAUGCUGCUCCAGGUGCCUCUUGCUGCUUCCUCAGGACACCCCUUUUAAUAAAACCAUCCCAGCUCCGCUCCUGGUUCGUGUCACUGCUGGGUGGGCUCAGCAUGUGACACCCCUGGGUCACAGUGGGACUGGGGAUCCCCAGCCCUGCCCAGGGAGGCGGAUCAGGAAUAAGGAGAGCCUCCUCUGGCUUUAAAUAAAGCUUUUCCAUUUUAUUAA